AUGUCAAUACAUCUUAAGAACUUGGAGGCUGGCAUUCCAAUGGAGUUGUGGUACGGGUCCGAAUUCGAGGAUUACACCAAAAACCGACUUCCCAAACUAGAACCGUUGGAAGAGGCCCGUUUGGUUGAAGACACCUUUAUGGACGCGACAGACCGGAAGCGUAUUCGUCAAAAAAAGCCAUUGAUCGAUGUGGAGCUUAUUGGAGCAUCAAACUAUAGGGAUUGGGAUGCUCAGUUCCGCAAUUGGCUUGAGAAACAGGACCAGUGUGCUAGACACUUUGAGUGUGGAUUGAUCUCGAAGGAACACAUUGAUCCUUCGGUCAUGCAGCACUACAAGAACUACGACGUGGAGGGCUUUCAGGCGCUUGUGAGCGACAUUGACUUGGCACUCGUGGCUUUUUUGACUACAAGCUUGUCGAAGGAGCACUUUCCUCAAGAAUGCAAGCUGAGGCAGAAGUACCACAAGUUGAGGAACCAGAUCGACGAGCACUGCUUGACGAAAGCCGUGACCUACUGGCCCAAAAAGAACCGUGGUGAAAUGUGGAUCGACACCAGCAUUGAGGAAGCGCUUCCUACGCCAUAUUCGAAACAUACGUUCCUCUGGAGCACCUGGCACGAUUACCACAUUGUCAACGACAAAAGGCUAUUUUGGUGGUUUAGAGAAACCGAUCCCGAGAAAGAGGCCUCAGAGGGCAGGCCCGGCGUCUGUGGAAUUGGAGCUAUCAAGGUGAGGUUCGAGACAGGUCCACCGUUCAUACUUCCUAAUGUGGCGUAUGUUCCUGGAUCUGAUCUUAUUUAUUCUGAGAUGGCAGCGAGAAGUGUGGGUCGCUCAAUUACACUCACAUCAAACCUCAGCUGGAACCGCCGUCCAGUUGGUCGGAUCUCCCCUCGUCCUCAACUAGAUCUAGGGAUCCUCAGCAUGGACCUUUUGCCUGUGGAAACAGCGAUCGCUAAAAUUGAGGCCCAACUUCAAAGGUUGAAAACUGAGGAAAGGAAAGCGUCGGUGGGGGUGAAGACUGAAGACUCUGACGUUGUUGGGAAGGACGGGGAAAAGACAUUCAAAUUUGCCGUGAAGGAAAUUGUACCCAAAGUCGAGGACACUGACGGAGUGAAGAAAGAAGGCGACGAGAUGGUGGAGGAAGAUGAAGAAUGGUGCUUCUUGCAAUCAGAUGGGAAGGAGUAG